AUGGCGCAGCCGAAAAAUUGGCCAGCAGGGCUCGUUUACCUCGCGGCGCCGUCACACUCACGGUUACUAAGCCCAUCACAAAAGCUCGCAAUCGCCCAGAAGACGCCAGAGCUGCGGGAGAUUCCCGCUCAAGACACGAUACUACCGAGUCCUCUGGUCAAGAUCACACCCAUCACGGAUGACAAACAUCCGGCAAAGGGCCAGUGCGGACUCUUCGCCGCGAAGCAUCUCAAGCCUGGGACCUUCGUCCUACCGUAUCUUGGAACGGUACAUCCGGACUCUCCCUCCAAGUCCGACUACGAUCUCUGGCUCGACCGGGACGCCGAGAUCGCCGUGGAUGCGGACAAGGGCGGCAACGAGGCGAGAUUCAUCAACGACUACAGGGGCAUAGGGGAGCGGCCCAACGCUGAGUUUCGUGAGGUUUGGAGCUGUAAGUUCCGGCAACGAUGCAUGGCUGUCUUUGUGCUGCCGGAGAGGAAGGAUGGUCGGGGAAAAGGCGGCGUUGCCAAGGGGGAGGAGAUUUUGGUCAGCUACGGGAAGGGUUUUUGGGGUCAUCGAAAGCCAGAGGAGUAG